AGUUCCCCUUAGUACCUGAGCCUGCUUGAAUGGCCUGAGCCAUUCUGCUCGAUACUGUGAGGUGCGCUCAGGCAAGCUCCGAGGUUGCGAAAUGGAUUAUCCAGAAAUAUGGCUCUAAGCCAUAACAAAGGAAACAACCCUGCUUUACAACCAGCCACCAAGCCUAUCCCCAUAUCAAAGAGAAGACCUUUAACAAGCUGCUUGAUGAUGAUUACAGGAUCAUAAUAAACAUCUGGUCCUGGUGUGACCUAAUGGUUCAGUUAUCUUCUUGAAAAAGAAUACCUCUGCCACAAGGGCAAGAUGACCCCUAGUGACAACCAUUUGAAAAGGUAAAAAAAAAAAAAAAAAAAAACUAUUGUGUUGAAUGCUGGCCUGAUAAGGCAAGUUUUAUUGCCUCCAGGCCCCUGUUUACAAGAUAAUGACCCAAAGACCCCAGACCAUUACCAGCUCUUUCAAGCAUAGUCCUGGUUUUAGGGAAGGAACUCUGUUUCAUCUCAAUAACUCAGAGUCUAAGUGAGGGGAUGCAUCAGAUUCUGGGAACACAACACUUUCCAGUGCAUGGGGUUGUGGUUAUCAGUCCUAGGUCCACUAUACGCUUCGUCAGGAAUGUUCUUGAGAUACCCUGAGUUCCCCUUGUGCAGCACUGUUUGGUUAGACUCCUCCUGAGUGUGUCCCGUUGUACGACGUUUCUGCUGACUUCAUAGAUGUCUCCCAUUUCCUUCCAUUUCCCCCAUGUUAGUACUAUACAAGAUGUUAUUCUUCUUAAGAAGCUUACUUAGCAUAAGACAGACCUUGUGCAAGAGCUCCCCUCCCCAGCUUUUAUACUUUCCAUCUUCUCCUUUUCUAUGUGUUUCACCAUCUGUGACCCUCCACUUAAGACCCUGUCACUGAAGAAUGACCUGCAGUUUUAGGGAACCUGUGUACUUAAGAAAUGAUCCUGUGGAUAUGUUUGCUGUGUAAAUUUCCCGUCUUUGUAAGUGGUUAGACUUGCAGCCUCCAAUCCAUGUUUACAUUGUUCAAAGUAUAACCUGGGACCUGAACCUAAAAGAGACUUGAGGGAGAGAGCAUAUGUAGAAUGCAAAAUCUAUCCUAGGCUAACUCCUCUUUUAGCAUUAGCCAGCAUAGCUGGUUUUUCCUACUUUGUAGUUUCUUCUUUUUCCCAUGCUUUACCCACUACCCUCCCCACCCCCUAGCACCAGAUAGGAGAGAAACAGGAUAGAAGAGAAAGGCAUCCUUAAAUCUGAUUUCUUUCCUUCUUUUUAAGCUACGAACAAAGCACAACCAACCUCUCUAAAAGACCAACAACCGCCCUGCCUGUUUUAGGAUUUUACUGCUGUGAACAGACACCAUAACCAAGGCAGCUCUUUUAAGAACAUUUAAUUGGACUGGCUUCCAUGUUCAGAGAUUCAGUCCAGUAUCAUCAAGGCGGGAGCAUGGCAGCUUCCAAGCAGACAUGGUGCAGGCCGAGCGGAGAGGUCUACAUCUUCCUCUGCAGGCCUCUAAUUAAAGACUGGCUUCCAGGCAGUUAGGACCAGGGUAUUAAAACCCAUGCCCACAGUGAGACACCUACCCCAACAAGGCCACACCUCCCUAUAGUGCCACUCCCUGGCUCAAGCAUAUACAAACCAUCACACUGCCUCUCUGGGUCCUUAGGGUACCCUCCAAAAAGUUCCCAGAAUUCCAAAUGUCACGUUAUUACAGAAAUCUGUAGCUGGUAAAACCAUGAGUCUGCUAGAGCAUGAAGCAAAUCAUGGUCAGUGGCUGCAGACAAUCAGAAGCAGAGCUCACACCUGGGAUUAUAACAAAAGCACAUUCACCAUUAUGACGAAAAUACUUGAUUCAGGUAGGGUGGUGAUUUUUUUAAUUUCACAACAUGUAUUAAUUCAUGGAUAUUAGUGAAAACAGACCAGAUUGGUGGAUGUACAAUUUGGGGAGUUUGUGUUCAGACAAAGAAUAUUGAAGUUCUAAUUAAGGGACUGUCUUUUAUAAAGAUGUGUACAAUCUUUGUUGACAGAGUUAAGUCAGCUCAGAGGGCCUGAGACACAGACCUUUGGCUGUGGCUAUGUGUGUCAGAAUACAGGUCUCAGCAGCUAACAUUGCACAUGGGGGCAAGGUCAGACAUAUCUUAUUAAUGCCAUUUCAUCUACCAGGGAAUGGCCUGUUGUCUUGUAACAUAACCUGUAGAUCUAUGCUUUUUUUUUUUCAUUUGUAUUUAUCUUUUUAAGAAGUCAAAUAUUGGUAUUACUUUUUAAGUUCUUAAUGCAUCACUGCUCUAAUCUUUUAUUUGUUUCUAUUCUCCAGUAACUAUGGGUCAUUAAGAAUUUUAUUCCUUUUUCUCAAGUACUUUGAUAAUUUGUUUCUUCUUAGAACAAUAUCUUCUGUAGGUCAGACUUGCCUCAUGCUAUAUAGUUAAGACUUGCUUUGAGCAUCUAAUCCUGCCCCCUGCUGUUCAGUGCCUGGAAGACAGUCCUGUAAUUGCUUCUGUGCUGAGCCCUGAGAAGGAAGUGAGACCACAUAAUGAGUGUCCUCCCACUAGAAAUAAAGAGGGACCUGUGUAAAAAUUGAGUACACCGAUCACCUUUGACAUCACAGCACAAAAGGAACAGGAAGGAAGGUGAACUUUCCUGCUUUGAAAGUAGUUGGCAUAAGUGGUGGGUAGUCAAGUAAUCAGCUUUAGACGAUCAGUAAAAAUCUAAAAUGACCAUUUUUGUGGGUUCCCAGACCAGGGCAAUCAAGAAUCUAAAUAAGGAUCUGAACUUAUUUCGAGAAACCAAAUUACUAUAGUUACACUAGUUCAACAAAAACAAAAACUAUUGACAAACUGGCAUGCCUAUACCUAACAAGAAUGCUAUUUUUCCUCUCUGAAAGUGCACAGCCUGAGAGGAAAAGUGUGAGUAAUACUUGAGGUGCUCUAGUACAUAUGUCUAAUUCCUGGAGAAUAUUAGACCAUAAAACCUGUUUCAACUUUUUCAAACAUUCUUCAAGAUUAUACUUAAAUCAUUUCAACCUUCUCUAGAUGUUUAACAAAUCAGAGUGGACUUAGCUAUCAGGUUCUCCCAAGCAUCCCUCAGUUCCUAUUUGUCACAGGGUUUGGUUGGCAUACCUGUGCUCUCAUUAGGGAUUAGGCUGCCCUUCUCCCAGCUGCCCUACUGUAAUUCAACCAUUUUGGUUACCUGGUCUUUUCCACCUAUCAUUUGCCCUCCUGUCUUCUUAGUCUGGCUUUCCUCCUCCCUUUCACCCUCUUCUGACAUGGCUCAGAGUCAUAUGCACUGUGGACUCUCCCAGAUGUCUCUGCCCCUGGCUAUACUCUCCUUUAUCUAUAAUAAAUUUUCUAAUGCACCAUACAUAGGAUCAGCCAUGGCCUUUCCUUUUUACUUCUUUUUUCAUUCACCUUCCAUUUAUAGUUCGUGAAUUUUAAAUUUGUAGCAACCUUUUACCUCAGUUGUUGUUUCUGUUUUGGUUGUAGGACUUCCCAGCUGUGAAGCAAAGGGAUAGCUGCACUGGACUAGCAUGUGUAAUAGAAUGUACACACAAAGCACCCUUUGCCUUGGGAGAUGAACAGGUGGGAGAGUGGAAGAUUCCGUCUGCCCCUAGGGUGGGGCAGAAGGGCAGAGCUGGAAGGCCUGUUCUGUCUGAUUCCAGUAGUGGAGCUGCUACUGUCCUGUGGACAAGCUAGCAAUCAGGAGGAGCAUGAAUGGGAGAUAGCAUGGAUGUUCUUUCCAUAUUCUCCUCUGAUGCAGUCCAUCAGAGAGCUGUGAGGGAGACCACAAGCUAUGCUAUGGUGAGUGUGGCAGCUACCAGGAAGAGCAGGUUGGCUAAGCUAUCUAGGGCCAAUCUGAUUGGACUUGGAUAGACCUUGAACCAGACUGUGGUUCUGUUGGUACAUGUGGUGACCUGGUCAGAGGAUCUUGGCCUCUGAGCCGGCCUGAGUGUGGAUUCCCUGGGGAAGAGGAAGCUCUGUAGCUCUGGCCAUAGGAAGCUUUAUUGCUUAUAAUACCACUGCCCAGUGUGCACAAACAAGCAUUAUUUCUGGUAUGCAGUGGGAAGACAGAUUUCAAAAUCCAAACGUCUAGCUUCUAUUACGUUCUGAACAUUGCAUUGCACAUUCAAUUUUGUGUGAUAAACUUUAUAAAUUGUUUUGAAACUGGUAGACAGGAGGUGAUAGGGAUUAUCCUUCAGCAAUAUUUGAUUAAAAUCCUAUUACCUUUCUACUACCACCAGCCACAAUGAAAGAAGUGAUUCAGGGAAAUUCAAUUCCAGGGUACAAAAGAAAUUCCAAAGAUGCAGAGGUUUCCUAAGUGUGCAUGGUGUUAUGAAGGUGCAUAGAGCAGAUUCUACAUCAUGUGCCAUAAUUCAUAUGACAGGAAGCAGACAUUAAAUUAUUCCUCAGUAAUUGUUUUGUGUGUGGGUUCAGUGAAGCUGGGUUUAGGUGAGAUCACAGGAGGCCGGAGCUACACAGACAGAGCCCACCUUACUCACCACCUUCAUACAGAGAGAACUUUAGAACAUGGGGCCUCUGGAGGAGAGACCAAUAGUAGCUGGAGUAUGAGAAAAUAACAGUUUAGGGGUCACCGUGAGUUAUUUUAGUGGGAGCUGUUAAGUCUGUUUAUUUAAUUCUCACUCCUUGUUUUCUUAAUUAAGGACUGUGUAUUGGCGUGUAAAAUAAACUCUGAUAGCAGUAAGUUGGGAUUUUCUACAGAUAUCAACUAAAAUUAGUUAAAAAGAUGUGUUAUAGUUGAUGUAAAAUUGCAAAUAUGUGUGUAUUCUGAUACAUUUGGACAUAAUACCUAAACCCAAGCAAUCCCAUUGUACAGAGUUCUCCUUAAAAUGACAGAGUUGCCUAGGAUCGCAGCAAUUUUCUCAGUAUAUUUUUCAUGCACUUGAAAUUAUCAUUGAGCUGUAUCAUAAUUUUCAUGUUCAUUGCAGUUGUAUUCAUGGUGGCCUAAAUAUAAGAGUAACAUAUUGAGGACAAUCUGGGUGCCUCAGGAGGACAUUGUGCUAAAGGAAUUAAGAAAAUAGGAAUGGUUAAAGGAUUCGAUAUUGUAAAGAUGUUCACAGUCAGUGCUGUAUUGGUCAUCAAACAGCAUGUAAUUACAGCUUAAGCAAUGUCAACCCAUUUCUCCCAUCUCAUUUUAAUCCUUAGCACACUCUUACUGUCAGAUGAUGUGAGAGCUGCAGCCAUCUUGUCUACACUGCAGGUAGAAAACUUAGGGUGGAAAGCACAGAAUCUUCCUUAAGCAAUCACCUUCAAAGGAUCCUUCUGCUUUUUUUUAGAGCAUUAUGUGGAGAAGGGAAAUGAAAUAUCAAGCUUUCUAUAGCAAGAGUUCUUAUAGAGAUGAGAAGCAAAUGUGCUGUUAUAGUAGAGUGUAAACAUGCAGAAAGUGGCUUUAUUUAGUUGGCAUGAGAGCUUUCUGCCAAUGAGUCAUACUACAUGAAAAAGAAAAAAAUGAGGUUAAGAAACAGCCUGACCAUUUUGUUUGAAUUUAAAUAAUGACUGUAAAUUACAGUUAAACAAAAAAGUAAUAGUGUUAGAUAAGUGGCUCAUUUCUUUGUUUUCUCUGGAUUACAUAACCUAUUUUAGGUGGUAAUGCUUUGAUUUUUGCUUUGAAGAAUGUGUUUUAACACUUUCAUGCACCACUUUGUUUAAUGUAUUAUAUAAGCAAUAUAGCAAUUCUAUCACAUCUUCAUUUUUAUUGUUUGAAUAGUUAGUCAAACAUUAGUUUUUGUUGAUAAGAAACAAGAGUAUUCCUUUGGAAUGAAAUGAGCUGAAAGCUCUACAGUCCCACAUUCCAGACUAGUGAAAGCUAACAUGAGAAAAUGACCUGCUUUUGUUUCCUGCAUGAUAUGUAUUUCACAUUGCUGCAAGCAAAACUUCUGAUUUCACAGAUCUACACUGAGUCCAAGAAUGACCUUGUUAUGAACUCCCGUGUUGCAGGAUCACAUUGUGUUAUUUACUGGAGAAAAAAAAAAAAAUCUGACAUGCCCUUACUACACACCUUUAAACCCAAGCAAUGAAGGUAAAGUUAGUUUUAGAAGGAAGCACAUGUGUUUAUAAGCGAUGUCUAAUGAAUCAGAGUAAGAUUUGACAGAAUAGGAUAUGCCCAACUCUCAAGAGACGAGAAAGGAAAGAGAGGCAACAUAAGAGGAAGCAGUGCAGAGGGUGAGAGGAGGAGGCAGUUUUACCUGGAGAGUUUUACAGAGACAGGUUAAAGAGAACAACCUAGACACAGGUAAAGAUAGAAUGAGCCAGAAAAUGAGGAGCCAGAAGACUAAAAUAGAAUCCUAGAGAUAGUUUGAGGCCAUUCAGAGCAAUUCAGUUAGAAGUGAAAGAAGCCAGUUUGAAUCAUUUAGCAUGGAGAGGAGUUUAGAGCCAUAACAACUGGAUUGACCAGCCAGCCAGAAUUCAGAAAGAAAAAGAAGUGGGGAGUUUAUUCAGAAUAAGUCUCAGAGGCUGAAAACAUUCUACACCUAGAUAAGAGUGCAUAGAGCCUAGAAGGUUCGAGGACUAGGCCUAGGUUAGCAGAUGGAGGAAGUAAGCCUCCGAGAUUACAGUUACAUCAGGCAAAUAAAACAUACUUUUACACUCCUGUAUGAUAGUCACUGUCUACACAAACAGAAUGAGAAGGGUACCUGUCACAAUCAUGCAGUUCUUGUUUUAACUACUUUCCUUUUCUUUGUUCAUUAUUGCUUGCCAUCUUCUUUGCAUUUUGAUUUAAGAAAUAUUGAAUUGUUUUAAUUGAAGAUAGAUUCUUCUCCCAUACAAUAUAUCUUGACCACUGCUACCCUCCAUCCACUCCACCUAGCAACCUUUCACCCUCCUAUCCUCCUCUCCCCUAGAUCACUCCCGCACCCCCGCCCUGUUUCCUCUUCAGAAAUCAGACUUCCAAAAGAGGACAGCCAAACAAGACAAAACAAGAUAGAAAAAGACAAGGUGAAAGCCUGCAUAUUGAGGCUGGACAACGAAACCUGAUAGGAGGAAAAGAGUCUCAGGAUUAAGGAAAAGAAUCAGAGCUACACCUCACUGUUAGGCUAACAGCCAUAACGUAUCAGCAGAGGACCUGGCACAGAUCCAUGCUGGCUCCAUGCUUGACACUUAAGUCUCUGUAAGGUUCCUGGAAAUCCAGGCAGUGUUGGGCAUGGGUUCCCUUUCAUGUCCUGACUAUCAAUUUAAACCAAACAGUGGUUGUCCACUCAAUUAAGUGUGUUACCAUCAUGCUCCAGCACAUCUUGCAGGAAGGACCAAUUGUUGGGGGGGGGCAAUUAUGGGUAGGGGUUGAUGUCCAGGUCUCUCUGUAGCCUGUAGAGUACCUUCUCUCCUUUAAGAGACUAGAGCAUAGGGGUGAAGCUUGACCUCUACACUGAGUGGAACUAUGUAAAAUUUGUCCUCAGUGACAGGGCUCCCUUGUCAGUUUUAAGAGAUCCAAGUUUUGUCCUAGCAUCAGCAAAGGUUGGUUGUUUAAGGAUCUUCAAGGGACCUCCUUGGGCAACAGCUCAACUGAAUGUAACCCAUCCCCAACAUUGAAGCCCUACCUGGCGACAAAGAUGGUCAGUUCAGACUCCAUAUCUUCCAUUCCUAGGAGUCCUCAUUAGGGUCACCGUCAUAGAUUCCAGGAAGUUGCCAUUACACUGGUUUUCUACACUAACCCCCAAAUAUCCCCUAAUUCUAACUGUUUCUUGAGGCUCUGCGUCCACCCCACAGCUAGGCAUAGCCUCUUGGGGAGGCAGACCACAGGAAACAUUUUUGCCUGCAUUUCUCCACACUGUUACCUGGCAGGUGCUGGUUUAUAGGGAAGCCCCCUGCACUGCUCCGCUCCAGGGUGGGGAAACACAGUAUGAGAUGAGAGAGAAAGCAGGAGCUGGUUGGCGGUCCAUGAGCCUGCAGUGAGACUGGGGCUGUGAGGUUCUCUGACUUGGACAUCCUGGCCUUGCUGGGAGUCGCAGAAGAGCCAAGAACAGAGUCAGGGCCAGGGAAAGGGGAACUUAGGCUUAGCUCAUUGGGGAUUGUCCUUAGCUUGUCAGGUGUCUGGGAAUGCAGAUGGGCCGUCUACAAGAGAGUCAUGCUGUGAGUCUGUAGACAAAGGUCUUCCUCAUGUUCCUCAUGGUGGUUCUUGAUGAAAACAGCAGUCCAUGUUUAACCAUAUCAUUUAUUAGCUGUUUGUGGUGGGAAAUGGAUGCAUGCACACCCCAUCUCUGAGGGUAGACUCAAGAUUAAAUCACCUUCUGCAAGGAGGAAUGUCUGGGAAGGAAGCUUAUUAGCUAAGCCCUCUGGGCCUCUAGGUACCUCAUUAGCAUGGAGAACUCUGUUAUGGGCUUAAAUGAUUACAGGUCACCUAGGUGGGGAACAUGGCGUGUGCUCCAGGCCAGGAGUCUGCCGGGGACCAGGGAGCCACCUAAGUCUCAGGAUGCUGUGACCUAUGAUGAUGUGCAUGUGAACUUCACUCAAGAAGAAUGGGCUUUGCUGGAUCCCUCACAGAAGAAUCUCUACAAAGAUGUGAUGCUGGAGACCUACAGGAACCUCAAUGCUAUAGGCUAUGAUUGGGAACACCAUACUAUUGAAGAACAUUGCCAAAGUUCUAGAAGACAUACAAGGCAUGAAAGAAGUCUUACUGGAGAGAAACCCUCUGGACAUAUUCAAUGUGGUAAAGCUUUUGCAUAUCAUGGUUGUCCUCAAAGGCAUGAAAGGAUUCAUACUAUAGAGAGACCCUCUGAAGAUUUUCAAUAUGGUGAAGACUUUGCAUAUCACAGUAGUCUCCAAAUACAUAAAAGAACAUAUUCUAGAGAUAAACCCUACAAAUGUAAUCAAUGUGAUAAAGUCUAUUCACAAUACAGUCAUCUCCAAAUUCAUAAAAGAAAGCAUACUGGAGAGAAGCCCUAUGAAUGUAAUCAAUGUGGUAAAACCUUUGUGUAUCACUGUUAUCUUCAAAUUCAUAAAAGAACACACACUGGAGAGAAACCCUAUAAAUGUAAUCAAUGCGAUAAAGCCUAUUCCCAUCACAGUUAUCUCCAAAUUCAUAAAAGAACUCAUACUGGAGAAAAGCCUUAUGAAUGUAAGCAAUGUAGUAAAGCCUUUGCAUGCUAUGGUCAGCUUCGAAGGCAUGAAAGAAUUCAUACUGGAGAGAAACCUUACAAAUGUAAUCAAUGUGAUAAAGCCUUUGCACGACACAGUCAUCUCCAAAUCCAUAAAAGAACACAUACUGGAGAGAAACCCUAUGAAUGUAAUCAAUGUGGUAAAGCCUUUGUAUGUUCCAGUCAUCUCCAAAGACAUAAAAGAAUGCACACUGGGGAGAAACCUUAUGAAUGUAAUCAGUGUGGUAAAGCCUUUGCAUAUCAUUGUGGACUUCAAAGUCAUGUAAGAGCACAUACUGGAGAGAAGCCCUACGAAUGUAUUCAAUGUGGUAAAGCCUUCGCAUGUCACAUUAGUCUUCAAAACCAUGAAAGAAUGCAUAUUGGAGAGAAACCCUAUGAAUGUAAUCGAUGUGAUAAAGCCUUUGCAUAUCACCGUAGUCUUCAAAACCAUAAGAGACUACAUACAGGGGAGAAACAUUAUGAAUGUGAUCAAUGUGGUGAAGCCUUUCCAUAUCAUAAUUAUCUUCAAAUACAUAACACAUACUGGAGAGAAAUCCUAUAAAUGUAAUCAAUGUAGCAAAGCUUUUGCAUGUCAUAGUAAUCUUCAAAGCCAUAAAAGAAUGCAUACUGGAGAGAACCCUAUGAAUGAAAUCAAUAUGAUAAAGCCUUUUCACAACCAAGUAAUCUCCAAAUACAUAAAAGAAAGCAUACUGGAGAGAAACCUUAGAAAUGUAAUGAAUGUGAUAACGCCUUUUCACAAUAUGUAUUUAUGUCUCCAAAUACAUAAAAGAACGCAUGUGGAAAGAAACUGUGUGUAUGUAACCAAUGUGGUAAAGCCUUUGCAAGUCACAGUGAUCUUCAAAGGUCAUGCUUUGAAUAUGCUUGGCCCAUGGGAGAGUGGCACUAUUAGGAGAUGUGGCCUUGUUUGAAGAAUUGUGUCACUGUGGAGGUGGGCUUUUGGCUCUUCCAGCACUGAACACUGCCGUGCUUACCUCCAUGAUGAUAAUGGACUGAACCUUUGAAUCUGUAAGGCAUCUCCAUUAAAUGCCUUUUAUAAGAGUUGCCUUGGUAUCUUUUCACAGCAUUAAAACCCUAAUUCAGACAAAAACAUGAAAGAAGUCAUACUGGAGAGAAGUCCUAUGAAUGAAAGCAAUGUUGUAAAGCCUUUGCCUUUCACAGUUAUCCCCAAUGUAGAAAAGAGCACAUAUUGGAGAGAAACCUUAUGAAUGUACUCAAUGUGGAAAGCCUUUGUGUUAUGAGGUCUACUUGGGUCAACUUAUGAAAACACCAGAUCAGUGCAAAUGAAAAGUAUUUUAUUGUAAACAAGCCAUUGGAGUUAGAGGGUUAGAGCUACCCAUCAGGGCCUCAGAAUAGACUCAGGAGUGGAACUGCAACAUGAGGCCAGAAUGCUACAGAGCUUUUUACGGUUAGAGUUGGGUGGGGGGUUAGGCUUAGAGAGGUUAGUGGUUAGGGUUAUAGGGUAGGGGUUUAGGGUUAGGUGGUUAGGGUUAUGAUAUGAGGGUUAGAGGUUGAGACGGGUUACAGUUAGAGGGUGUUAGGGUUAAGGUUAGGGUUAUGGGAUUAGGGUUAAAGUUAGAGGGUUAGAGUUGGGGGUUUAGUGUUGGGGGUGCUUAGGAUUUAGGGAAAAGAAAUUUCAGUAGUGAUUCCUAUUAGAGUUAAGGGUAUGGGGAAAAGAAAAAAAGAAAUCCCAGCACUGAUUCUUAUUAGGGUUAGGGUGAGAAAGGAAGGAAGCAAGGAAGCAAGGAAGGAAGGAAAGAACAAAAGAGAAGAACAUAAAUUUGAUGGAAGAAAUGGGAGGAGGUUGAUUGGGGAAAGGAUAGGGAUGAAAAAGAUAUAAUAUUCACAUAUAAAAUUCAUGAUGCCUUUGUUAAUAUCUGAAUAGUAUUCCAUUGUGUAAAUGAAUCACAUUUUAUGUAUUCAUUCUUCAUUUGUGGGACAUCUGGUUUGUUUACAGCUUCUGGCUAUCACAGAUAAGGCCACUAUGAACAUAGUGGAGCACUUGCCCCUAUGGCAUGAUGGGAAAUCUUCAUAUGCCCAAGAGUGAUAUAGCUGAAUCUUCAGGUAGAGCUAUUUCUAAUUUUCUGAGUAACCUCCAGAUUGAUUUCCUGAUUGGUUGUACCAGUUUUAGACUGAAGUUCCAUGUAACAAACAUCAAUUUAUUACUCCUAGAAUGGUGAGCCACCUCAAGACAGGAUAAGCAGUAAAUAACACAACAAAUAGCAUUCAAUAUUGAAUAACUCGUAUUCCAGCUCUAAUAGAAUGCUACAUAGCAGCCUAGAAAUUUCAUCUGUAAAACUGACUAGAUAGCACAUACCAUUUAGGAAUACUGCAAAAUUAGGAGUAAAAUAUGUAAAACUGUGCAGGCCCUGUCACCUAACAGACACUAAAUAAACAAACAUUAGUUACUA